UUCUUGGAACAAGGACUACACCCAUAGGGUUACAAAUAGAGAGCAGGAAGCAGAGAACAGUAAAGUCAGAAUGAACUAGGGAAGAGGCGGAUGUCAGGGUGGACAUGAAGAAAGUGGCCACUAGUGGCCCAGAUUCCUGAGACAGGACACCUGGGAGAGACAUCUUUCCAAGUGGAGGCUGUGCUGAGCAAUGGGCUGUGCUGAAGCCUAGGUAGCCCCAGCUGCUAACAUCUGGAUCCAGGAUCAUGUCUGCUAACAAGGGCUGGUGGGAGCCACCUGAAGGUGAAGACAACCUGUCUGAAAGGUUCCUAAGGAAGACCAGGGAGUCUCCACUGGUUCCUAUAGGUGUAGGAGGUUGCCUGGUGGUGGCAGCCUAUAGGAUUUACCGGCUGAAGGCUCGAGGUUCUACCAAGUUGUCCAUACAUCUGAUCCACACCCGAGUGGCAGCGCAGGCUUGUGCUGUGGGUGCCAUUAUGCUCGGUGCUGUGUACACAAUGUACAAAGAUUACAUCAAGAGGACAUCACAGGAUGCUGAGAAGUAGAACUCCUGGGGUAGCAGGGCAGCCCAUCCCCCAUCUGUCUCCCCAAUGUGCCUAAUAAAGCCAUGCUGAGGAAA